AUGUCGUCGCAAUCACUGAGUAGCAUCCACUCGUCAGAAGCUGACGCCGUUGAUUGUAACUUGAAGGAGACGGAGCUCACACUGGGUCUUCCCGGUACAAAAACUGCUACCAAACGUCCCUUCUCCGACACCGUUCAUCUUCAUCAUCUUCCCAAUUCUCUAAGUAAAUCCAAAUUCCCAACACCCAAGGAACAAAUGGUGGGGUGGCCGCCGGUGAGGGCAAGCAGGAAGAAUGCCAUGAAGAGUUGCAAGUUCGUGAAGGUGGCUGUGGAUGGAGCUCCUUAUCUAAGAAAAGUGGAUCUUGAAAUGUACGACAGUUAUGAGCAUUUGAUGAGGGAUUUAGAGACCAUGUUUUGUGGCUUAGCCAUUCAUAAUCAUUUGAUGAACGAGAGAAAACUCAUGGAGUCUGGAAAUGGGAUUGAAUACAUGCCCACCUAUGAGGACCGAGAUGGUGACUGGAUGUUGGUCGGGGAUGUGCCAUGGAAGAUGUUUGUUGAAUCAUGCAAGAGGAUAAGACUUAUGAUUAGCUCAGAGGCUAUUGGCUUAGGUCCGAGAUCUAGUUCAAAAUGUUCGGGUUCAAUCUAG